UUUCCCUCGAACAUUCCCAAAUUUGACAUCUUUCUUCUUCGACCAUAUCGUUAACAACCUGGCAGCUAAUUCGAAGUACAAAAUGAGCAAAGCUGAACACGCCGCUACGGCGUAUCGAGAUGGCGCCAUGGACGGCUCUCCGAUGCCGCUCACUGCCUCUGCUCCCAGGGCAGCGGAGAUCAGCAAGAGGAGCAACUCAAGCAGUAGGAGGGACAUUCGUGUCGAGAACGAGUAUCGUCAGCCCGCCCCCCAUUCGAUGAUGGCAGAUGUUGCCAUUGGACCGAGAUCGGAUAUCAGACGCAAUCAGCAACGGCCUGGGCUGAGGAUUCGUCGUUUCGGCCGGUCCGACUUCGAACGGUUCAAUGAAGAAGCUGCUGUUGGUUCUCAUCUAUUAUUGGGAUCAAGCAGCAUUGGCAAAGUCGAGAUCGAGUGCAAUUACCGUUGGAGAAAGGCACGAUGGGGAGUGCUUGGGCCAAACCAGAACCCAGCGGGCAUCGUGUAUAUCGACAUCUCUUUCAAGCAGCCCCCGGAACACAUGCUCAGCAACGCCAAUAUUCUCAUCACACUAAGCGAAGACGCGCCUUCCUCCCUUGGCAGAUUUAGUCGCAGGAAACCUAUCCGGACGUCCUUGGAUUCGGAACACGCUGUGCAGGUUACGGAGUACUUCGGGCCUCAUGCUAUUUACGGCCCUCAGGGCAUGAGUCUCGAAACCAAGGAGAGGACAUUCCAACCCACCAUAGGAGCUGGCGGUAUGGUUGAACUUGGCGGGAUGGGAACUCGCCAAAGCGUCACUCGUCAAUACGUUGACAGCUGGACUUUCAAAGGAACACAGAAACGAGCCAAGGACGGCAUAGGUCUACGGUGUCUCGAAUGGGAGCUUACAGAGAACGACACCGAGAAAAAGCCGUUGCAUAAUCACGUGUUUCAUACAGCUUUCGCAUUCGAACACAGCGGGAAGCCAGUCAAUAUGUGCGUCGAGAUCGGGGGACGCCUCAAGAGCAAGACCAAGCAAGGGAAGCAACGACUCUUCAGAUUCCGCUCGAGAUCCGGCGAUAAAGAUAACAACGUCAUGGUCACUCAAAUCGAUCUCUCUACAGCCAGAAACGACUUCCAGGACAAGCUCGACCAGUUAGCGUUUGGUCUCAACCUGGACAUGCAGAGGAUCAAUCUUGAGGCGAUCCCCGUAGAGAUGCCGGUACCUACUCAGGCUACUUUUGAGCCGGUGGCUUCGGACGCAAGAUCGUACGCAGACGAGGCCAUUUUGAACAGUAUUGAGGAAUCCCCGGGUGAUGAUAUCAACGAGUUGAAGGAGUUUCUGCUGCAGGAAACCACACGGCCGCCAGCUUUCAAGAUUUCUCAGCCGGUAUGUAGCGGCAACUCAUCAAGCGGCGACGAGACCCUCGUCAACGAUAGUGACCACACUGUCUCAGGCGGAUCAACCGCUUCAAAACAAAUAGCUUGGCGAAUUCCCGAGGUUAUGAUUCUGGCCCUUGUCAGAUGGUUGAUGUUGAUGUUGAAAGCAAUUGGGACAGAUGACGUCUACCUUACUGGCAUGCCCGUCUCUACAGAUGAGGGUGGCAAGACGACCGCGGACCGGGACAUCAUGAUCGACCGUGUGAAAUCAGAGAUACGAAGCAGGAGCGGCCCGCGCAUGGAGUCAGUUCUAAACAGGAGAUUGCUGGACGCGGCAGCGACUCAAAGCGUUUCUAAGGGGCAUCUAGUCCCUGAACCGUAUGGCAGUCACUUUCAGGGCCAUCAGAGAAGGUUGAGCCAUGUUCGAGUUUCGGGUCAGGAUGCCGCCAGUAUGGAACUUCGAGGGAAUAAAAAUAGGUGCAGCAACUGAUGGGAUUCAACUUGACCAUAUCAGCACCAGUGACCGGCUGGGAAAAAGCUUACCCUGGCGUUUAUGAGCGCAGAAGAGGGAAAAAUCAUCGAAAAAGAGUAAGUAGCUUCCAGGGCCUUAAGUCCAUAAAAGGUGUCAGGUGCCAGAGGUAGGGGGCACCAGGGGACCACCAGCUAUAGGGCCAUAACCAGGAAAACUAUUAUCUAAGGGUUAUAUAAAAGCAGAGUUUAUAGGAACAGGAGAAUUAGGAGAAGGUAAAUUAAAAAAUAGUUAUAAUUAACCCCUAAUUACACUAUUUAUAGACUCCUUUACUUAGUACUAUAACACCU